CCACCUUCUUUGUCUCCGGCCCAACAUUUCGACAGCACGGCUUGUCUUAUUUUUGUCCUCGCUUUUGAGGAUAUAUUUUUCGCAUAUAUUCCUAUUUUUUUUCUGACAUUUAAUGACACUCGACUCUGACUUAUUUAUGCCUAAAAGUAAAGCGCCAAAGAUGGAUGAGCUGGACUACAUCCCAGUAGACCUGAGCCCAGAGGAGCGCUCUGAGCUGGAGGACAUCCGCAGGAGGAAAGGCGUCCUGCUGCAAGAGAUCCAGAGGCUCAGGGAAGAAUUGAGAGAGGCGAUUUUAGAAGUAGAGGGGCUGGAGACCAGCACAGAGGGCAGUAAAACUCUACAGAAAAAUAGACAUGUGGCAAUGGGGAGGAAAAAAUUCAACAUGGACCCCAAAAAGGGCAUUGUGUUCCUGGUGGAGAACGAGCUGCUCAGACACACAUCAGAGGACAUCGCUCAGUUCUUGUACAAAGGAGAAGGGCUCAAUAAGACUGCUAUCGGAGAUUAUCUGGGAGAAAGGGAUGACUUCAACAUCAAAGUUCUUCAAGCUUUUGUUGACCUCCACGAGUUCACUGAUCUCAACCUUGUCCAGGCUCUAAGACAGUUCCUUUGGAGUUUCCGUUUGCCUGGUGAAGCGCAGAAGAUUGACAGAAUGAUGGAGGCCUUUGCUCAGAGAUACUGCCACUGCAACCCCGGUGUCUUCCACAGCACAGACACAUGUUAUGUGCUGUCAUUUGCCAUAAUCAUGUUGAACACAAGCCUCCAUAACCCCAACGUGAGGGACAAACCUGGAGUGGACCGUUUCAUCUCGAUGAACCGAGGCAUCAACGAGGGGGGAGACCUUCCAGAGGAUCUGCUGAGAAAUCUCUAUGACAGCAUUAAAAAUGAGCCCUUUAAAAUCCCAGAGGAUGACGGAAAUGACCUGACGCACACCUUCUUCAACCCUGACAGAGAGGGCUGGCUUCUUAAACUUGGAGGACGGGUGAAGACUUGGAAACGUCGGUGGUUCAUUCUGACAGACAACUGCCUUUAUUAUUUUGAAUAUACUACAGAUAAGGAGCCACGAGGAAUCAUUCCCUUGGAAAACCUUAGCAUUCGUGAAGUAGAGGACCCAAGGAAGCCUAAUUGCUUUGAGCUGUACAUCCCCAACAACCGCGGCCAACUGAUCAAAGCGUGUAAGACGGAGGCUGAUGGGAGGGUGGUGGAAGGAAACCACAUGGUGUACCGCAUCUCUGCGCCCACACCGGAAGAGAAGGACGAGUGGAUCCACAGCAUCAAAUCCGCCGUUAGUGUGGACCCCUUCUACGAAAUGCUUGCUGCCAGGAAGAAACGUAUAUCACUGAAGAAGAAAGAGGAACAACCAUAGACGACUUCUCAUUCUUCCAUCAACCCUGCUUUUUACAACAUGUUCCUAACUUCUGUCAGCCCUCCUUCCUCUUCCCAAAAUACCUUCUCUUGCUGCUCCAAGGACUCUUUGCUAUCCUGUCCAGUAGACCGAAAGCUGCUUCAGAGCUCAUCUACUGUGGCUUCUUCCACUUACACUACUGCUGUUUUUCACUCCGUCACACUACAUCCAGAGCACAAUAUCUGUCCCGUCUUCUCACCUUCACCCUCAUUAUAAGAAGACUGUGAAGGACGUGUUAGGCCACAUUCACUCUACAAUGCUGAAAGAUUUCAGGACACUGUUGCUGUUCAGGCAUUUCAUCUGCACUUACUCACUGGAAGGAUUUGAUAAUGGUUUUUCAGGUUUCCUAAUUCAUGAUGGAGAAUCGUAACGUGAUGAUGCACUUCUGUCUUUUAGGCAACUAAAAUUUAGAAGAAACAAAACAAUUUAACACCUUAAAUUGUUCAAUAGCAAUACGAAAAUGUGCUUGUUAAAGCAGCCCGUACAUGCCUGACAGUGCAUCAUUUAGUGUAUUUUUAUGACUUUCUGAGACAUUAUUGUGUCUCAAGAACAUAACAAACGGCUUUCUGACAUUUAUCUGCAUCAGUGGGAAUCAGGUCUUAAUAGGGAUAGCAAACGGCUUCCUUGCUAUGAACUUAUCUGUCACAUUUAUUUACGACGCCUUUACGAGAAAUGGCCUUUCGUGAUUGUGGAUACCCAAAGCAAAAUGUGAAUUCAGAUACUGUUACAUUUAUAUUUAGUUAGUGUUGAAAAAAAAAAACAACCCAGACAGAUGAGAGUUUGGAUCAUUGCUUGUUAUAGUAACCUUCAUGGCUUUAAAUUCACAUCCACGCUUAAGUACUAAAAAACAUCACAAGGAAAAAAUACCUUUUAAUGUAUAUUUCCGCAAGAUUUAAUGGUGGAGUCUUGAGGUGAAGAGUCUCUCCUCUCGCAGAUAGCUGCUUGUUUCGGCUCACUGAGAAACUAUAUACUAUGUACUUUAGCAUGUUUUCUCGACAUGUUUAAGCAACAGCAGAGUAGAACGUCGUAGUCUGGAGGCUUGUUAAACAAAUCCUUUAUCUAUACUGAGCAAUUAUCAUCACGUUCCUUCAGAUUUAACAUCGCAGCAUCACUUCCUUCUUACUCAGCAGUGGAGGAUAAAGACCAGCGUCUCAGCAGUGACAACUGUCCGAGCCAGAUCUGACCGCCACAGUGAGUGUAUGAAAUCACAAAGGCAGCUCAUUACAAUGUACACUUUUUUUGUAAAUAGAUGUUAGCAUAUUUGUUUACAAAACACAUAGAAAUGAUUUAAUUUAUUCUUUAUCUUUUGUUAAGAUCAGAAUUUUGUACGAGCUACUGUAUUACUGCAUGUUGACAAACGAAGGCGUCAGUCAUUAGGCGCCGCUGCAUGGCCGACCAUGCUAAUGCACUGAUUUGAAAAGUGUUAAGUGUUCCCUGUUGACUUGGAAAGAUUGCAUAUAAUUAUGAAGUUGAUUUAAGCAUUGAUUUAACUCUAACCCCCCCUACACCCCCUUCUGUCAAGGAAAUUACAUUCAGUAAAGCACAAGCAGUCUUCACACUCCGCUGGCCAGUGUCCAGCUGCAGCGUGAUGAAGCUGUUUACCAGCUGAAAUUGCAGUUUUCCUGUAUAGCACAGAAAUGGACUGAAAAGAAGAAGAAAAAAAAGACAGCUAAACAAAGAACACUAAUAAAUACUAAUUCAUUAUAUGUUGGUAGGAUCGAGAAGUAAUGAAUCUGUAAUGAUUUUAGACUUGUGUCCAGUGAUAGAUUUGCUUGACUUCCAGUUCAUAAACUAGUAGUUUAAUGAAUUGGCUUUUUAGAUUGUAGGAAAAAUAAUUGUCUACUGCACUUUAUCAAGUUUGGCAUUUUGGAGAAAAUGCUGUUACUUUGACUGACUUAAAUACUUCAUGAUGCCCUCUACUGGUAGUAACACACACUGCAAUAUGCUGAAGGAUGAACUCCUGCGAGACUGUACAGCAACAUCACGUGGUCAGUUUUAGUUAUAGAAGCUUCAGUUUGUCACCAACAUGUACUGGAAUUAUUGAUUCUUUUUCGAUCACCUGGUGCCGAUCAUGUUGCAUUGAGCUUAAGGGGUUCUCUCUGUCAUUGACAGACUUAUCUUGUGUUUUGCCUCCCUCUGACUGUCAGAGGUCUAACUUUAAAUUUCUAUGCCCAUUCUCUGUGUACAUGACAUGGACCGUCUGUAGGCUGUUACUUUCUGGGGAUUCAAGUGCCAAAAAAAAAAAACACAUCAAAAACAGAAAAUAUUUCCAACUAAAAGCUAGACAUGAACACUGAAAUGAUCAGAAUGAAGAGGUUCGUUGAUUCAGAUUUGUUUAAACUACAGGGCCACUUCUUUCUGAAAAUGAUAAUUUUGUAUUUAUUUAUUUUUUGUUUAUUGUGAGGUGAUGCAUCAUCUGUACACGUAGCAAAGGAAAACCACGAUACAUUGAUGCCAGGAAACUACUGUGUUGCAAUGUUAAUAAUAAAAGAUGAACAGA